CGCCAAAUUUAAACAAGAGACUUCUCACCAGCUGCAGCUGUUCACCCUGUUCUCCUUAACCAAUUAAGCUGCUUUUCGGCUCAUUUAUUAAAUCUCUGAAGAUGCCUGCUAUACCGAAGAGACGUUGCCCCGACGCAAUGAACGAUUCUAUGGAGAAGAGAAUAACACGCAUUUCAAUCGAAGGAAACAUUGCGGCGGGGAAGUCUACUUUUGUCCGCCUUUUGGAGCAGGAGAGCACCGACUGGGAGGUAGUACCAGAACCGAUCGCUAGAUGGUGCAACGUUCAAACAACAAGCAGCGACUUUGAGGAGCUGACCACGUCUCAGAGGAGCGGCGGCAACGUGUUGAAGAUGAUGUACGAGAAGCCCGAGAGGUGGGCUUACACCUUCCAGAGCUACGCCUGCAUCAGCCGAGUGCGCGCCCAGAUCAAAUCUGCAAGCGGGAAGCUCCGAGAGGCGGAGAAUCCUGUGUUGUUCUACGAGAGAUCCAUCUACAGUGACAGGCCUUCCUGUCUUCUUUACACCUUUUGCCGCAGGUACAUCUUUGCAGGCAAUCUAUAUGAGAGUGAAUGCAUGAAUGAGACUGAAUGGUCCAUCUACCAGGACUUGCAUGGCUGGCUUCACAACCAGUUUGGCAAGCACAUUGAGCUAGAUGGUAUCAUUUACCUCAGAGCUUCACCAGAGAAAUGCUUGGAGCGAUUACACAUGAGGGGAAGAGAGGAGGAACAGGAAAUCCCCCUGGAAUACCUGGAGAAGCUCCACUACAAGCAUGAGAGCUGGCUGCAGAAUAAGACCAUGAACAUGGAUUUCGAGUAUCUCAGCGACGUUCCCGUUCUGACCUUGGAUGUGAACGACGAUUUUAAGCAAAACGAUUCAAAGAGUGCCGACAUGAUUGAGAAGGUGAAGGAGUUCUUGAGCACAUUGUGACGGCCAAAGGGAACAACAUCCUGGAAUAUUGGGAACAAUGAAUUACCCCAAAAACCAUCACUUUUCUCAUUCACUUGAUGUUUUUAAUAGAAAAUGUGCACUUUUUUUAUUAUGAUUUUGCUUUUUUUAUUUUUUUUUAUUUGUAUUUAUAUGGAAAUGAGUGCAUAGCUUUCCAACAUUUAGUAAAGUUUUGUGCUUUUUGAAAUUUUAAUUUGUGUGCUUAUCUGUACAGGUUGGUUUAAUAUUCAGCAUCUGUGUUGAUUUUAAAAAUAAAAUUAAGUUUUAUUUUUAAUUUUAAAGAAUCAUCAAAGUCAGACCUAUCUUUAAAAAUAAGUGUUUUUGAUCGAGAGAUGAUCAUGUAGCUCUGAUUAAAAAUAACUGAAAUGGACUCCAACUUCAGUGUUGUCACUCUAGCUUUUAUUUUUUCAUCUCUGUGCCCUCAGGCUCUGCCAGCCUGGACAGAAAACCAUAGUAAAUAUAAAAAAAAAAAAAGUAUUGGAUUGCAUAAAUAUAAAUGUGAUUAUAUUUGAAUUUACUGAGAUGCACCUGUAUUUCUUCCAGAAGGUGUCGCCAGUCCCCAUUACAACCUGUAGGCUAUUUUGGACAUCUGUCUGCCUUUACUGGGUACUACCAGUAGGACUCAACAAAACCACCUGAAUUAAUAGCUUUGGUUUCCUUUAAUUGUGUGUGGUUUUUUUAAAUAUAUAUAUGUAUACUUAAGGUGAAACCAAAACCUUUUGCAGUUUUUAAUUGAUGAAAUUCUACUGAAUUUAAAACGUCUUUUAAAUAAACAGCUCUCUAAAAGCGA